CAGGCCCUGGCCCCACCUCCCACCUAGACCCCGCCUCCUCGUGGGAGUCCGCGGGAACGCGCUCUGCUGGAUCAGCGUCCGUGCAAGGAGCUAGGUUGCAGCAGAACCAGCAGAAGCAGCCCCGUGGGCCUUCCAUCUCCCAGUGCCCCCGAGAAGAUGUCUCUUUCCCAAAAGCUCACCUUGGACAAGGUAGAUGUGAAUGGAAAGCGGGUUGUGAUGAGGGUGGACUUCAAUGUGCCCAUGAAGAACAACCAGAUCACCAACAACCAGAGGAUCAAGGCCGCCAUCCCUAGCAUCAAAUACUGCUUGGACCAUGGCUGCAAGUCGGUUGUGCUCUUGAGCCACUUGGGCCGUCCCGAUGGCAUUCCCAUGCCAGACAAAUUUUCUUUGGAGCCUGUGGCGACCGAGCUCAAAUCCUUACUUGGCAAAAAUGUUGAGUUCCUGAAGGACUGUGUGGGACCUGAUGUGGAGAUAGCCUGUGCUAACCCUGCGCCUGGUUCAUUGUUCCUACUGGAGAAUCUCCGCUUCCAUGUGGAAGAGGAAGGGAAAGGCAAAGAUGCAUCUGGGGCAAAGAUCACUGCAGAUCCAGCCAAAGUAGAAGCUUUCCGGGCUUCCCUUUCCAAGCUGGGGGAUGUCUAUGUCAAUGAUGCUUUUGGUACAGCUCACCGGGCCCACAGCUCCAUGGUUGGAGUCAACCUUCCCCAGAGAGCAUGUGGUUUCCUAAUGAAGAAGGAGCUAGAGUAUUUUGCUAAAGCCCUGGAGAAUCCAGUGCGACCUUUCUUGGCCAUCUUGGGUGGAGCUAAAGUUGCAGACAAGAUUCAGCUGAUCAACAACAUGCUAGAUAAAGUCUGUGAAAUGAUAAUUGGUGGUGGGAUGGCUUUCACCUUCCUUAAGGUUGCCUCCAACAUGGAGAUUGGCAAUUCUCUAUUUGAUGAAGAGGGAUCCAAGAUUGUUAAAGACCUGAUGGCUAAGGCUGAGAAGAAGGGUGUGAAGAUAACCCUACCUGUUGACUUUGUCACUGCAGAUAAAUUUGAUGAGCAUGCGAAUGCUGGUGAAGCCACCGUGCAGUCUGGCAUACCUGCUGGGUGGAUGGGUUUGGACUGUGGUCCUGAAAGCAGCAAGAAAUUUGCUGAAGUUGUGGCCCGGGCCAAGCUAAUUGUGUGGAAUGGUCCUGUUGGAGUAUUUGAGUGGGAAACCUUUGCACAGGGAACAAAAAAGCUAAUGGACAGUGUGGUAGAGGCCACCACUAAGGGCUGCAUCACAAUCAUUGGUGGUGGGGAUACUGCCACUUGCUGUGCCAAAUGGAACACUGAAGAUAAGGUCAGCCAUGUGAGCACUGGAGGUGGUGCCAGUCUAGAGCUUCUGGAAGGCAAAGUCCUCCCUGGGGUGGCUGCCCUGAGCAAUAUCUAAUGCAUGCAGUUUUCUACCUAUUGGUUCCCAAAAAAAGUCCUUAAGACUGUGGGACUCUACUUUAACUUCUUCAGUGUUUCUAAACACAUCUUUGUGGUUUGUAGAAUGUGUGUGUGUAUUUUGACCUUACAAAGUUAAAAGAAAGUAAAAACAAAUGUUGACCGUGUUCUGUUACUCUUUUGAAAUAUGUUGUGCCAUUCAGCUUUGUUAGUAUAUUAGUGACUCUUUUUGUCACUGCAGUAUGAAAACAAAAUAAAACAUUGUUUUUCCCCCCACUGUUGUGAUUUGUAGAAUAUGUAUGUGUUAUAUAUUUUAUCUUUAUAACUGAAAAAGUUAAAAGUGCUAUUACUCAUAUUCUCUUUCAAAGCUGUACAGUUCAGCAUUGUUAGUAUUGUAGCAGCUAUUUUUAUCAUUACCCAUGGUAUAGAAACAAGACUUGACCUCUUAGAAUCCAGAUCAGCCACAGCUGAGCUUCAGCUCCUCUGGGCUUAGAACCGAUCUGCUGUGUAUUUGGUUCUGCAGCUGUGUGUUUGGUUCUGCAGCACUGCAGUGUUAACUUCUUUUCCAGCUCCUGCUUGAGGUCUCCCUUUAUUCCCUUUAUGCUCCUUAUUUUGCAGGGACAUUGAGGGACUCCCCUAAUGAACUUAAAAUCAGCUUUAUCUCUAAAUUUUGGGUUCUUUAGAAGGAUACAAGUGAUGUAGGUAUGUCAUCUGCUCUUUUCCAUGUCAAUUUAAAAUUUGAUGUUAGAGGGACUGAGGUGAUGACCUCGACCAAGGGUGGCCGAUUCCACAGAGAUGGAACAAUAGGACUUUUUGCUGUUAGGUUUCUUCAUUUUGCAGCCAAGUGCACAGUUUUCCCCCCCCCAUAAAAUAAGCCAAUAAACAAAAUAACACAAAAUUCAUUUAUAAGAAAACAUCGAGUUUUUUUUUAUCCUGUGUAAUUAAUUAUGUAUUAACAUGAUUAUUUUUAAGUUUUGGUGGUUAAAAUAAACCUGAUUCGAAAUGAGGAAAAAAAAUUUUGUCUAUUACCUGUAUAUGUGUGCUAUAUACAAAAUUUUCCUUGUAAUAGCUACCUUCCAAUAUUGACAAAUGUACCAAUAUCAUCAGAUUUUUAACAUUGAUGAAGAUAUUUUGUUUGAUCACUUGAAAAUGUACGAUAUUGCUUAAGGCUUCUUUUAAAAUGAAUCAUCAACAAAAAUAAUAAUUAUAAAUAAAAUAUUAAUAUUUA